CCAAAGGAAUGAUGGGGAUGAAGGAGGAGGCGAGGAGGAACGCGUGGCAGCUGCUGUUUGAGCGGAAGUUGUUGCUCCUGAUUCCGCUGCUCUUUUACUCUGGACUGCAGGCAGCUUAUAUCAGUGCGGACUUCACUCGCUUCGUGGUGCAACCGCUGCUGGGAGCGCAGUGGAUGGGAGGCGCCAUGAUGGCAUUUGGCGUCGCCAUUGCCGUUUGCUGCUUCCUCUCGGCUCGUUUCGCCUCCGGCCUCUCAUCAGUGCUCCUCAUGCUGCUGCUGGGUGCUGGCUCGCAGACCGCCGUUCUCGUGCUCACAUGGGCGUAUGACGGCAGAUCACUCCCCACGCCAGCAGCCUUCGCCCUUGUGUUCGGCUGUGCGCUGCUGUGGGGCAUAGGUGCCACAGCAUUCCAAUCUCAGAUCACCGCUCUCCUGCCAUUGGUCUUCCCUUCUGACGUGGAUGCAGCCUACGCGCAUUGGAUCUCAUGGAGCAGCGCUGCCUGCUCCAUCUACUUCCUCUCGAGCCCAUACAUUGCCACGGCCAUAAAGAACGGCGUUCUGACCAGCUUCUGCAUCGUCUCUGUGCUCCUCGCCACUGUGGCUGUGAAGAUGCGGAGACCAGCAAUGGCGAGGCCAUGUGCCGAGGUGUGACGUGCACUUCGAUAAACUUACAUAAACAAUAAACCCCAAUAAUAUAAAAAGGGACCUGCUUCCGCUUUAAUGCACUAAACACAUGGCGUUGCGAUGUGAAACAGUUAUACCGAGGAAGCAUCACGCUGCAGAUUGAAAUCAUACCUAAUUUUUAAUAAUGUCAACCCAUUUCCCUUGGAAUCGCUCGAUUCUGCUAAACCGUCUAAGC